AUGAAUGAAUGUGUAACGACGACGAAACACCCAUCCAUUGGGAAGUUCCGUGUUGUCCUGUUGUUGAAUGUCGUUGUUGUCGUCGAUGAUGAUGAUUUUAAUGAUGAUAGUGAUACUGAUGAUGAUGAUGAUGAUAAUGACGAUAAUGAUGAUGAUGAUGAUGAUAAGAAUGUACGAUAUUGA